GCAAGCAUUAAGCUUUACCUCACGCAAUCCGAAUCUGCUGCCAUAAAUUCCUUCCAGACAGACGCAGCGGUUGCCGUCCUUAUCUGGAAUUCCCGAUUUAUAUCUUGUUGAAAGUCUUCGGAUUGUUCAUUCAAUCGGUUGAUUUUGAUUUUGUUUUCUUCUCAGCUGAGCUCUUUUCCUCUUAUCCGUUCCUUACACGCGAACAUUUCGAUUUCGUUUGCUAUCAAGUGCCAAUAGCUCAGACGCCUGCAAUAUUACAAAGAAACCCUAGCUUUGAAUCCUUUGAUCGUUCCUACCCGCUCAUUUGACCUUAAAACGUCCUAAAGCUCGAAUCUUGGCAUCGGGUUUGCGAAAAUUAGUUGCCUUUGGACGAGAAAUAGCUAAAAGGAGGAAAAGCCCGCGGAUUGGCGAUGGAUAUUGGCAAUGAAGCUCGGGUUGAGGCUUUUUCAAUCGGCCCGUCGUCGAUCAUUGGCCGAACACUCGCGUUGCGAGUCCUCUUUUCCAUGUCCUUCACGCAGAUCCGGCGUCAAAUAUCCAAAUUCUUACGGAGAAUCUUCUAUCGGGUUGCGUCCUGGUUCCACCCAGGGAACACGCAAGGUAUUCUUUUGAUGGUGACCGUCGCUACUCUCUUUCUGAGAAAGUUCGCCGGCGGACGAUCGGCGGCGGACGCUUCAUUGCGCCGACGAUUUUGGCGGAACUUGAUGAAGUGCGCGCUGACGUACGAGGAAUGGGCCCAUGCCGCUAAGAUGCUCGACAAGGAAAUGCCAUUAAGAGCGAAUGAUUCUGAGUUUUAUGAUGAGGAGCUGGUGAAAUAUAAGCUCCGGGAGCUACUGAAACGCCGGAAAGAGGGGUCAUUGCGGGAUAUAGUCUUUUGCAUGAGGGCUGAUCUAAUGAGGAAUUUGGGAAAUAUGUGCAACCCACAACUUCACCAGGGAAGGCUUCAGGUUCCCAAGCUUAUAAAAGAUUACAUUGAUGAAGUAUCAACACAGCUGAAAAUGGUAUGCAAUUCUGAAUCUGAUGAGUUUCCUUUUGAAGAACGGCUCCAGUUCAUGCAUGAGACUAGGCAUGCCUUUGGUAGAACGGCCUUGCUCCUAAGUGGUGGAGCUUCUCUGGGAGCAUUCCAUGUUGGUGUGGUGAAAACCCUGGUGGAGCAUAAGCUUCUACCUCGAAUAAUUGCGGGGUCGAGUGUAGGAUCAAUAAUGUGUGCAGUUGUGGCAACACGUUUGUGGCCUGAGAUCGAGGCGUUCUUUGAGGAUUCAUUGCAUGCCCUCAAGUUUUUUGAUCAGAUGGGCGGGCUCUUCGCUGUGUUCAAGAGAGUAACGACGCAAGGUGCAGUUCAUGACAUGCGCCAUUUGCAAAUGAUGCUACGCCAUCUUACAAGCAAUCUAACAUUCCAGGAAGCCUUCGACAUGACCGGACGAAUUCUCGGGAUCACUGUUUGCUCUCCCAGGAAGCAUGAACCACCAAGAUGCCUUAACUACCUUACUUCCCCACAUGUGGUCAUUUGGAGUGCGGUGACGGCUUCGUGUGCUUUUCCUGGUCUAUUUGAGGCUCAGGAGCUGAUGGCUAAAGAUAGAUUUGGCAACCUUGUUCCUUUCCAUGCACCGUUCUUGGAGGGACCAGAGGAAGAUUCAGGUGGUGUAGCCCGCCGUUGGCGUGAUGGUAGUUUGGAGAUGGAUUUGCCAAUGCUGCAGCUGAAAGAGUUAUUCAAUGUCAAUCAUUUCAUUGUUAGCCAGGCCAAUCCUCAUAUAGUACCUUUGCUAAGACUGAAGGAGCUUGUGAGAUCUUAUGGAGGCAACUUUGCUGCCAAGCUUGCACAUCUUGCUGAAAUGGAGGUUAAACAUAUAUGUGAACAGAUCCUGGAACUCGGGAUUCCACUGGGAGGGAUUGCGAAGUUGUUUGCUCAAGAAUGGGAAGGAGAUAUCACAGUUGUAAUGCCUGCUACACUUGCUCAGUAUUCCAAGAUCAUACAGAACCCAACUUAUGCAGAGCUUCAGAAAUCUGUCAACCAAGGCAGGAGAUGUACCUGGGAGAAGCUUUCUGUCAUGAAGGCUAACUGUGCUAUUGAACUCACACUUGAUGAAUGUGUUGCACUUCUCAACCAUCUUCGUCGGCUAAAGAGGAGUGCUGCAAGGACUGCUACUUCUUCACAUGGAGUCAGCAAUACUUCUCAGGUCGGUAAUAUACUCAGGAUAAGCCCUUCAAAAAGAAUCCCUUCUUGGAAUUCUCUAGCAAGAGAGAACUCUGCAAGUUCCAUUGAAGAGGACAUGCUUGCAGAUAUUGCAACUCAAAUUAAUCCAGAGCGAAACAAUCAACUAGGAGAAUCUUCAUGUAAGGGCAAUCAGAUCCACUCAACCUUGCAUGAGGAAAGUGACAGUGAAUCAGAAACACUCGAACUAAAUUCCUGGACAAGGGCUGGUGGUCCUUUGAUGAGGACAAGUUCUGCUAUCAAAUUCAUUAAUUUUGUUCAGGAAAUUGAGCUUGAUUCUGAAACAAACAGAAGAUGUGUAAGUCAGAACCAAGCUGAGAGCGGAACAAGCCCUGGAAGCAUUAUGGUAUCUGAGGGAGACUUAUUACAACCAGAGAAGAUUGACAACGGAAUUGUAUUAAAUGUUGUGAGGAGAGAAAUUUUAAGCUCGGGGAGAAGCAUCAGCUCGGAACAGCAACAAGAUUCUUCUCAGAAAGAGGUCAUUAUAGAUUGUACAGUUGAAAAUUUCUUGCAAGCUGUGCCAGAAACUGAAAGCUACACUGUUACCUCGGCUUCAGACUCUGGUGAGGAUGAAGAAUCUGGUUUGAGUUGCUUCGAAAAAUUAACAGAGUGAUAUCUGCAAUGAGGCUGAGUAAUGAAAUUGAUGAAGUGAAUUCCUUGAUUUGAAUAGUUUCCAGUUAUUUACAUGCUUUUGUAUCUGUUAGAAAUAUCCACAAUAUUUAGAGAUGGAAGAUGCAUAUUUCCUUUUGGGAGGCACAGAGAGGCCUCAAUACUGCAUCUUCACGCCUAAAGGUUUGCAGGGGAAACCUAUGUUGCAACAUUGAGACUUCUUGAAAAGUAUUUUUGGCUUUCAUUGGAAAGAAGACUUGUGCAACUCCUUUCGCCUUCAUAUUUUUGUUUGCUAAGGCAAGAGGAAUGUGGUUUUGCUUUCGUAUGAAGGUAUGCUCAUACUUCCUAAAGUUCUUUCAUUCAGUCAUUAAAUUAAUUAUGCACAACAAUGGCUGGAUUAAAGUUUAACACAGUUAUGAGCAGUUGACCUGAUUUUUCUUGAAAAAGAAAGGCAAAUAUAUACAUUUAAAUGUAAAUCAUUCUAGGAUAUUGCAGUUUCACCCUUUUGAAAGAUUUGUAAAAAAAUUUAGCUAGUCAUUAGAAGGCAACUCUUUCUUAUGACUCAGAAUACUGUUGAAUGUCAUUAAAGUUUGCUCUCAAUUAAGAAAAUAGGGGUGUUGUUGCAUUUGGAUUUA